AUUCAACUGAAACUUCGGUUAACCGGAACCUUUAAUUAUUGUGGAAACAACUUCACAGAUGUAAACAAUGUGAUGCAAAUGAUCCCAUGAUAGUUUUUAAUCAUCCAAGUUCAAAACUAAGUUGAAAUGAAAUCGAUAAUAUGGGAUCAAAUCCAAGUAAACAUACAAAGCCUAAAAGGUCCCUCUCUGCACCACAGAUAAGCAUAAGAGCAAAUGGGCACGUUCCAGUAAGACGAGCAGCUACUGGGAUCAAUAGUCUGGGAAUAGAGCCUAAUGACUCCUCACUGUUAACUAAAAAAUCAGACGAGGCACCAUAUAUUGAAUUUCCUGAAGAAGAGUACAGAGAUGGACGACUUGGUAUCACGACUCAAGAGAAAAUAAGGAAAAUUCUUGGAUCACUUGACGAUGAGAAACUUUUUAAUGACACAGACUUCCCAGCAGACACUGCAGCAUUAUUCUUUAGUGAUAAAGAUUCCUCUAUGAUCACAUGGAAAAGACCAAAGGAUCUUGUUGAAGAAUGGCAGUCACCACAACUUAUUUCAGAUGGUGCUACUAGGGAUGAUAUAAAACAGGGAAUUCUGGGAGAUUGUUGGUUCCUGUCAGCUUGUGCUGCUGUGUCUCAGAGAGAAUGUUUCAUGAAAAAAAUUGUGCCAAGUGACCAGUCAUUAUCUGGUGAGGGUUACAAGGGAAGCCUAAAUUUUAGAUUUUGGCGGUUCGGACAGUGGGAAGAUGUCUAUAUAGAUGAUUUAUUACCCACUGCAGACGGUAAACUGAUCUAUGGCAAGUGUACAGAUCCUUGUGAAUUCUGGGUAGCCUUCGUAGAAAAGGCAUAUGCAAAGUUACAUGGAUCUUAUGAGGCCAUAGAAGGUGGACAAACAAUGGAUGCUCUGGUGGAUUUAACAGGAGGUUUGGCAGAGAGACACAUUAUACAAAAUAAAGACCCUCAGCUUUAUAGAAUCAUAGAGAGGGCAAGGUCAUCUGGUGCUUUUAUUACCUGCUCAAGAAAGGGAGACUGGAGAUUUAGUAAUAAAGCUGAUCCUAAUGGUCUAGUAUCUGGGCAUGCCUACACCAUUACAGCUGUCAGGAAAAUCAAACAUCAACGAGGGGAAGAGAAAAUGGUGAGAAUACGUAAUCCAUGGGGAGAUAACAACGAAUGGAAGGGAUCGUGGAGUGAUAAUGAUAUUAAUUGGAAUUUAGUAAAUGAGGACAUUAAACAAGAGAUUGGCCUUCAAUCAAAGGACGAUGGAGAGUUCUGGAUGUCCUACAGAGAUUUCUGUAAACAGUUCCAGGAAGUUACAAUAUGCCUCACUGGUCCAGAUUUUGAAGAUGACGAGGAAGUAGAAUCUGCUGGUCAUGUAGAGGUGGUAAAGGGAGACUGGAUUGCUGGUAAAAGUGCCGGAGGUUCAAGGAAUAACCUUUUCGACUUUGCUUCUAAUCCACAAUUUGUUCUUACACUCCAUGAACCAGAUAAUUUCAAUCCACUAAAAGAUGAUCCUGAUUCUGAGGGCAUGUGUAGUGUAGUCAUAGCCUUAAUGCAGGAACAUCGUCGCUCAAAAAGAAAUGUUAAAGUCAAGAGCCUACAGAUUGGCUUUGUCUUAUAUAAGACAGACAAUCCUAACAGAAGACUUGAUACAAGACAUUUCCGAUAUCACCAUGACUGUGGAAGGUCUGGUGUAUAUAUAAACUAUAGAGAAGUAAGUCAGAGGUUUCAACUAGAGCCUGGCCACUAUGUCAUUAUACCUUCCACAUACAUAUCAAAUGAGACUGCCUGCUUUAUGUUACGGGUGUUUGGGGAGAAAAAGUUCACAUUGAAAGGGCUGCCACCAUUACCAGAUGCAGUUAUACAGAACAACAUCAACAGUUAAAGAUAAUAGACCUUAGAUAUCAAAAUAUUAUACAUUUUGUACUUUUAUAGCAUUUUGCAGUUACUUAUUGCAAAACUGUCUCAUGCUCAAUUUGUUAUGUUGUUUUGAAUGCACUGUUAUCUGCUUUGGUUUGACCAAAAACACCAUUUUAAAAUAUGUAUGUUAUGGGUUAUAACUUCUUGUUUAUAAUGGUACAAAGUACAUAUUUUGGUCUUAAAAUUAGUUUAUGUUUAGAAAUGUCUCUUUACUGGAUAUUGCUUUGAUAAUUUUUCUAACAAGGUUAAUACAUUUGUAUAAGUCAGUCUUUCAAAAAUUGUAUUUUCACAAAAAAAUUAAAAUUUUCAAAAAUUCUGCCACUAUUUGAUAAAAGCCAUUUGAAUUGAAUUUUUUUUCAAGUUUAAUGCUAUACAUAACUUUGUUAGUGAUGAUUUGAUAAAAAGUCUUUUCCAUCUUAUUUUACAACCAAGGUAACCACUCUUGGUUUUAAGAUUGGUCAGACGUCUUAAUUGAAGGCAUAUAAUCAAACCAUAGGAAAUGUGUAACCAAUGAAGAAAGUAUGAACUAUCAAAAUAUCAUCAAAAUUUCACAUGUUAUUUACCCCUUAAUUAAAAAAAUGAUUUAUUUUGACAUGAAACAAAUAGAUUCUUUUCGAUAAAGUACAAUUACAUAUGUUCCUUUGUAAAUCAGAAUAUUGAUCAUUAUGAUUUAGAUAAAUAGGUAAGUUAUAUUGCUUAAAAAUCAUAUUAUAAACAGUAUUUUAUCAGUGUCUUAUGCUUAUAGAAGUACUUGGAUAUUUUCAGUAAUAGCUGUAUAUUUAUUUUUAAUCUCCCCCACUUUUACCAGAUAUAUAAACAGGGAAUGUUCGACUAAUAUCAUUUUCUCCAUGGUCAAACAUUACAGAUGUCAACAUACAAUCAUUGUAACAUGCUAAUCUUAUUGUAUACAAACAAAUCAAUUGACCAAGUGCUAAUAAGGAAACUUAAUUUUGAAGUACAAUAAAAAAAAACAUAUGAUGUUUUUGACUUAAAUUGUCUUUUUUUGCUUCAAAAUUGCUUUUACUUUAAAUAUUGACACAUCAGGGUAAAUUAAUGAUUAUUUUUCUUCAAGGGGACUUUGAUUUCACAGGUUUUCUUGUGGGACUUUGGCUUGGCUUAUAAGAGUUUUUCAACAUCGAGGGCUGACUUUAUGUCCAUUUUAAGAGAGCUUCUACUAUCUGCU